AAAUAAAAGACUAGUAUGAUGUACGUCUAAGAAAAUAGCUAUUGAAAUGUAUGUGCAGCACAAAACAAAACAUGUGUACGUUGUCCCGAAGAUUCUCCAUGUAUAUAUAUAAUUGUACUAUAGACUAUAGACAAUAACAAUAAUAAUCGUGAUAUAGGAGAAGAGGGAUACUGUGUGGUCUCCUGGAAAUUUUCAUUAAUCUUCUUUAGCUUGAUUAUUUCACUGCAUAUGUAAAAUAGUAAGUACAUCUUUCUUUCUUUUUUUCUUGAAGGGGUAGUGGGGGAGUUGAGUACGUACAUGUACCAUAGUAUGGAAUUUGUACCAAAAGAAAAAUAAAUUAAAAAGUAUUUAUAGCCUAGCUAGCUAGCUAGCUUGUUUUCUAGUCUUUGAUUUGAAAACAUGAUUGAUGAUGGUGGUGAGUUGAUGCAGGGUGUUACAGGGGAAGCAUAAUAUAAUAUGGAGGCGCAUGGAGACGAUCAUGGUGGUGGUGAGGUGUGGUCAGAGAUAUCUGUGUCUAUCUCUGAUGAUAAGAGCUUUUCCACUAGUACUGAUCAGCCCCCUUUGCCUUUGGUCAAAUUGGAAAACACCACUUCCCAAAUUGCCAUAGUUGGCUCCAAUCUCUACUCCAUUGAAAGUCUUGACUAUGAGAUUGUUGAAAAUGAACUGUUUAAGCAUGAUUUGAGAUCAAAGAAGAAGGUGAAAAUAUUUCAGUACGUACUAAUCAAGUGGACAUUUGCCCUUCUCAUUGGACUCGGAACUGGACUAGUUGGCUUUUUAAAUAACAUUGCAGUCGAGAAUAUUUCAGAUUUUAAGCUCUUGCUCACUACUGACCUCAUGUCAAAGAAACAAUACUACAAGGCUUUUGCAGCAUUUACUGGUUGCAACGUUGGUUUAGCAGUUGCAGCAGGUGCUCUAUGUGCUUACAUAGCUCCGGCUGCAGCAGGUUCGGGUAUUCCAGAGGUCAAAGCCUAUCUCAAUGGUGUUGAUUCUCAUUCAAUACUUGCUCCAAGCACCCUCUUUGUCAAGAUUUUUGGAUCCAUUUUGGGAGUGUCUGCAGGGUUUGUGGUGGGUAAACAAGGGCCUAUGGUACAUACUGGGGCUUGCAUAGCCUCGCUGCUUGGACAAGGAGGUUCGCGCAAGUAUCAUUUGACAUGGUCGUGGCUGAGAUACUUCAAGAACGAUAGGGAUCGACGAGACUUGAUCACUUGUGGUGCUGCUGCUGGUGUAGCUGCAGCAUUUCGUGCCCCCGUUGGUGGUGUUCUGUUCGCCCUUGAGGAGGCUGCUUCUUGGUGGCGCAAUGCUCUUCUUUGGAGGGCAUUUUUCACAACAGCAAUAGUUGCUAUAGUGUUGAGAGCUUUUAUACAAUUUUGCUCUACGGGAAAAUGUGGUCUAUUCGGGCUAGGAGGUCUGAUCAUGUACGAUGUAAGCUCAGCUGCAGCAAUAUUUAAUGCCCCUGAUAUCUUGGCUGUGAUAUUCAUUGGUAUUACUGGAGGAUUCCUUGGCAGUCUCUACAACUACCUUGUGAACAAAGUUCUUCGAGCUUAUAAAAUUAUGAAUGGAAAAGGUGCUGUUACGAAAAUCUUGCUGGUUAUGACAAUAGCCAUUUUAACUUCAUGCUGCUCUUACUUGUUGCCUUGGUCUGCCAAGUGCAUCCCUUGCCCUGAAGGCAUUACAGUUAGCUGCCAUAAUGUUAAAUCUGGAAACUAUAAGGCCUUUCAGUGUCCACCGGGCCACUACAAUGAUCUUGCCUCGCUCUUUUUAAACACCAACGACGAUGCUGUUCGCAACCUCUUCAGUACCCGCACAAAAAAAGAGUUCCAGAUAUCCUCACUCUUCAUCUUCUUUGCAGCUGUAUUCUUCCUUGGAAUCGUAACUUAUGGAAUAGCUAUUCCCUCUGGCCUUUUCAUCCCAGUCAUACUUGCUGGAGCUUGUUAUGGCCGACUUGUUGGAAGACUCUUCGAAACAAUCUCUCACUUGGACACUGGUCUCUUUGCGUUACUUGGUGCAGCCUCUUUGCUCGGCGGCACCAUGAGAAUGACAGUUUCCAUGUGUAUCAUACUGCUUGAACUUACCAAUGAUCUAUUGCUGCUCCCUCUUGUGAUGCUUGUUCUUCUAAUAUCUAAAACUGUGGCUGAUAACUUCAACAUAGGAGUAUAUGACCAAAUCAUGAAAAUAAAGGGAUUGCCUUACAUGGAGGCUAAUCCUGAGCCUUACAUGAGGCAUUUGGUUGCUGGUAAUGUUGUUUCAGGUCCAUUGGUCGCCUUUUCUGGCAUCGAAAAGGUGGGAAACAUACUAUUUGCUCUGAGGACAACGAAUCAUAAUGGGUUUCCUGUGAUUGAUGAACCACCUUUCUCAGACUCUACAGAGCUGUGUGGUCUAGUGUUGAGGUCUCAUUUGCUUGUUUUGCUUAGGGGGAAGAACUUUACCAAGGAAAGAGUUAUGUGUGGUAGAGAGAUACAAGGAAUGUUUUCUGCAUUUGAUUUUGCAAAAGCAGGAUCAGGGAAAGGAAUCAAAUUGGAGGACAUUGAUAUUAAAGAGGAGGAGAUGGAGAUGUACGUGGAUCUUCAUCCUAUUACAAACACAUCUCCAUACACAGUGGUUGAUUCAAUGUCACUUGCCAAAGCUGCCGUUCUCUUUCGCCAACUUGGUCUCAGGCACAUGUGCGUGGUGCCAAGGAGUAAAGGGAAACAUCCAAUUAUUGGAAUUUUGACAAGGCACGACUUCAUGGCAGAGCACAUUUUGGGGAGGUAUCCUGAUAUGGAUCCUCACAAACAAAAGUAACUCACCAUGGUCCAUGCCAUGUCACCAAACUGUACCUUUGGUCCCCGACAGAUUAUCGAGUUAUUCCGGAGGAAGGAAGCAAGCAUUUGAAGUUAAUUUCAAUAUGAACAAUGACAUUUCUUCAAUCUGAUGAGUUGAGUAGGGUACUAUUGCACCUUUUUGUCAUCCUCCUGCCACUGUUGCAACUCUCACGCUAUAAUUUCAACUUUCUAUUGUGUUAAUGUUUCAGUUUAUCUCGGUCCGUUUGGAACCCCAACAACACCCACCACCUCUCCAUAUUAGGGUGAGCAAUUAGUAAUAAAAGACUCUUUCUCAA